AUGAUGAAGCUUCAACUCAUCGUCCUGGCAGUCCUCACUGCCAUCGGUUCCUGCUCGGAGAUGCAAAUGCACAACCGCGCAAUGUCCUACAACGAUGCUCUUCCAGCGAACGGAAUCUUUGCCGGAAGAAUGGUCAAGCGUGCCAACGAAUGUGAUCCUCGCGGCGAUGGAGGGUGCAGCCAGGCUGCUUGCUCUUCAGGGACUGCUACUUGCGCUAAUGGCAGCUGUGCCUGUAUCGAUCUUCCAAAGUGUCCCGAUUGUAGCAGUCUACAGUCGCAAUGCGCCCCUGGAGCGGACGCCGUGUGCGGGUCUGCUGGUAACUGCUAUUGCAAGAUUACCAACGGCGGAGCGAACUGUGCGUCAAACAUGAACUACAUUGACUCCAAAGGAACAUCGUGCUGUGCACUCUCGCAGGCAGCUUUGCAAGCGAAGGCAGAUUGCUAA